AUGUCUGCCAGUCAACUACCGCUCUCACAAGGCACGCUCGGCCACCUGCUGCCUCCAAGCUGGACGACGCAGGUGACGGCGUGGCUCGCCGAAGACACGCCCUCGUGCGACUAUGGCGGCUUCGUCGUCGGCGAAAGCCCGCGCACCGCCACGCUCUGGGGCAAGUCCGAGGGCGUCAUUGCCGGGCGCCCCUUCUUUGACGAAGUCUUUGCGCAGUGCGGCUGCACGGUGGAGUGGCACGCCGCCGAGGGCGACCGCGUCCAGCUGAACGGCGCCGGCGCCGGCGGCAAGCACAAGGUGGCGACGGUGCGGGGCCCGGUACGGGGCAUCUUGCUCGGGGAGCGCGUCGCACUCAACAUGCUGUCGCGGUGCUCGGGCAUCGCGACGCGCAGCCAGGAGCUCGUGGCGCUGGUGCGCGCCGCGGGCUACACCGGCAUCCUGGCGGGCACGCGCAAGACGACGCCCGGGUUUCGGCUCGUGGAAAAGUACGGCAUGCUCGCCGGCGGCGCCGACGCGCACCGCAUGGACCUCUCGUCCAUGGUGAUGCUCAAGGACAACCACGUCUGGAGCCGCGGCAGCAUCACCGAGGCCGUCGUCGCGGCGCGGUCCGUCGCCGGCUUCGCCGUCAAGAUUGAGGUCGAGGUGCAGACCGAGGCCGAGGCCGACGAGGCCAUUGAGGCUGGAGCCGACAUCGUCAUGCUGGACAACUUUUCCGGCGACGGCGUGCGAGCGGCCGCGCGCAGCCUCAAGGAGCGCUGGGCGGGCAAGAAGCAUUUUAUGCUCGAGGUGUCCGGCGGUCUGACGAGGGACAAUGUUGGCCCAUAUGUGUGUAAUGAUGUCGACAUUAUUUCCACAAGCUCUAUUCACCAGGGUGUUCCGCAUAUUGACUUUUCGCUCAAGAUUGAGCACUAG